ACUAGAUAGUCUCACAAUAAUUAGAGUGGAGAACUGUAAACAUCGUCUAUAGUGGCAUUACGUCCUUCGGUGCAACAGAGACAAAACAUCCACAGCUAUAUAUAUAUAUAUAUAUAUCAUUGUACUGAAUCGAGCUUACGAGGAAAACCAUAAGCAAGAAAGAAAAAUUACCUUCCAAAAAAGAAAGAGAGAGUAGAGAGAGAAACCCAUCAACAUCACUACCGCCUUUUUUAUCUCCAGCUGCAAGAAUCAUGAACCCCAACAACAGCGACCAGAAGAACAAAGCCAUAGCUCUGUACAAUGCGGAUGCUAGGCUUUUGACUGAAUUUGAAGAGUCUGAUGGGUCAGGUAAGUCCUUUAACUACUCUAGGUCAAUUAUAAAUGCUCCUGAAAAUGUCCCAGAUGAGGAAAUUGUUGCUUAUCUGUCUAAAAUUCAGAGGGGUGGUCUUGUCCAACCCUUUGGUUGUUUGAUUGUUAUUGAAGAACCCAGUCUCAAAAUCAUAGGUUAUAGUGAAAAUUGCUUUGAUUUGCUGGGUUUGAACAAUAAGUCUGGGUCAAUGAACCAGAUUAGUCUGAUAGGAGUAAAUACCAAAACCCUUUUUACCCCUUCUUCGGGAAAUUCACUGGCCAAAGCUGUUUCGUCCAAGGAAAUUUCGCUGUUAAAUCCGAUUUGGGUCCAUACUAGGAGUACCCAUAAGCCAUUUUAUGCUGUACUCCACCGAAUUGAUGUAGGAAUUGUGAUUGAUUUGGAACCGGCUUUGUCGGGAAAUCCAGCAUUUUCACUGGCCGGCGCUGUUCAGUCGCAGAAACUCGCUGUUCAGGCGAUUUCUAGUAUGCAAUCACUACCUGGGGGAAAUAUUGGUGUUCUGUGUGAUACUGUGGUGCAUGCUGUUCAGAAGCUUACUGGGUAUGAUAGGGUUAUGCUUUAUAAGUUUCAUGAAGAUCAACAUGGUGAAGUUGUGUCAGAAAUUAGGAGGUCUGAUUUAGAAGCCUACCUAGGAUUGCAUUAUCCAGCAACAGAUAUCCCCCAAGCGGCUCGUUUCUUGUUCAAGCAGAAUCGCGUCAGGAUGAUCUGUGAUUGCAAUGCCAAUCCGGUUAGGGUCAUUCAAGGUGAAGAAUUAAGUCAGCCUCUUGUCUUGGUCAAUUCAACCCUUCGUUCCCCCCACGGCUGCCAUAUGCAGUACAUGUCUAACAUGGGCUCUAUUGCCUCAUUGGUCAUGGCAGUUGCUAUCAAUCGCAACAACUCAAUGGAGCUAUGGGGUUUGGUAGUGUGCCACCACACUUCUCCACGUUACGUUCCAUUCCCGCUUCGCUAUGCUUGUGAAUUUUUCAUGCAGGCAUUUGGUUUGCAGCUCAACAUGGAGCUUCAACUGGCAUCACAAAUGGCAGAGAAAAAGAUUCUUCAGACACAAACCUUAUUAUGCGACCUGCUUUUCCGGGAUGCCCCUCUUGGGGUUGUGACUCAAUCUCCUACUAUCAUGGAUCUUGUGAAAUGUGAUGGGGCUGCAUUGUACUAUAGUGAGAAAUGUUGGCUACUAGGUGUAACCCCAACCGAGUCACAGAUAAAAGAUAUUGCAGAGUGGCUGUUGAAUCAUCAUGGGAACUCCACAGGACUAAGCAGUGACAGUCUGGCCAGUGCAGGUUACCCUGGUGCAGCUUUACUGGGUGAUGCUGUUUGUGGCAUGGCUAUGGCACGAAUUACUGCAAAAGAUUUCUUAUUUUGGUUCAGGUCUCACACGGCAAAGGAAGUUAAAUGGGGAGGAGCAAAGCAUCAUCCAGAGGAUAAAGAUGACGGAGCAAGAAUACACCCAAGAUCUUCAUUCCAAGCUUUUCUUGAGGUGGCUAAAAGCAGAAGUUUGCCUUGGGAGGUUUCGGAAAUUAAUGCUAUUCACUCUUUGCAGCUAAUAAUGAGAGAUUCGUUUCAAAAGAUUGAAGGCAGUGGUUCAAAGGCAAUGACAGAUGCUCAACAGAAUGAUCCUGAGGUGCAGCGGAUGGAUGAACUUUGUUCCGUUACAGGUGAAAUGGUCAGAUUAAUUGAGACAGCAACAGCUCCUAUUUUUGGGGUUGAUUCAUCUGGUUCCAUCAAUGGAUGGAACUCAAAAAUUGCUGAAUUGACGGGAUUACAAGCUAGCGAAGCAAUGGGGAAGUCCAUGGUGAAUGAAGUCAUUCAUGAGGACUCACGUGGUGUUGUUGAAAAUCUUAUUUUCAGAGCUUUGCUAGGUCAGGAGGACAAAAAUGUUAAAAUAAAAAUGCGAAAGUCUGGCUUAGAGCAGCAGAGCUCCAUUGUACACAUUGUGGCCAAUGCCUGCACAAGUAGGGACUACACGAACAACAUUAUUGGGGUGUGCUUUGUGGGUCAAGACAUCACGUCUGAAAACGUUGUAAUGGAUAAAUUCACUCGUUUGCAAGGGGAUUAUACAGCUAUCAUACAAAGUCUUUGCCCACUAAUUCCUCCGAUUUUUGCUUCAGACGAGAAUGGCUGCUGUUCUGAAUGGAAUGCAGCCAUGGAAAAGCUAACUGGUUGGAGGAGACAUGAGACUGUUGGGAAAAUGCUUCCUGGGGAAAUUUUUGGAGGCUUCUGUCGGCUGAAAAGUCAAGAGGCACUCACUAAAUUCACCAUUCUUCUCUAUCGAGGGAUUAGUGGUCAUGAUACCGAGAAGUUCCCAUUUGGGUUUUUUGAUAGGAAUGGAAAAUUAGUGGAGGUAAUGCUAAUGGAAAAUAAGAGAACUGAUGAAAGUGGGAACGUAAUUGGGUGUUUCUGCUUCUUGAAGCCUGUGGUGCCUGACUUGCAGGAUGCCUUUGGAAAUAGACAAGAGGACAGAGAGUUCAUUUUAAAACAUAAAGAGUUGGCUUAUAUUCGACAAGAGAUGAAAAAUCCACUGAAUGGUAUUCGGUUCAUUCACAAACUCCUGGAAAGUACACCUAUUUCAGAACAACAGAAGCAAUUUCUUGAGACUAGUGAUGCGUGUGAAAGACAGAUAAUUUCAAUGCUCGAGGAUUUGGAUCUAGGAAGGAUAGAGGAUGGGAAGGUGGAUCUGAAAAUGGAGGAAUUUUUGCUUGGAAAUGUUAUAGAUGCCAUUGUUAGUCAAGUAAUGAUAUUGUUGAAAGAAAGAAAUCUACAACUAUUUCUUGAGAUCCCUGAAGAAAUUAAAAAACUAUCUCUGCUUGGUGACCAGAUGAGACUUCAAUUGCUCAUGUCCGAUUUCUUGCUUAAUAUAGUGCAUCAUACACCUCCGGAUGGCUGGGUAGAAAUCAAGGUGUCACCUGCUUCGAAGCUGAUACAUGAUGGGAAUGAGUUUGUUCAUUUGCAGUUCAGAAUUGCUCACCCAGGCCAGGGUCUUCCUUCUGCUCUCAUCAGAGAUAUGUUUGAAGGUGAAAAUCAGUGGUCAACAAAGGAAGGGCUUGGACUAAGUCUGUCCCUAAAACUUCUCAGUAGGAUGAAUGGUCACAUCCGCUAUGUCAGAGAGGAUAAAAAAUGUUACUUUAUCGUAGAACUUAAACUUAAACUUAAAACAAGGGAAUCAAGACAGGUGGAUGCAAGCUGAAUGACGUGACUUCGUCUCCAAAACUUUUAUUUUGAUGUUAUCUGUAAGUUGUUCCACAUGGAAUCAUCUAUUGUGCUCGAAAUCCCCUAAGCAUUUCCUGGUAAAUCAAAAUUUUGGUGGUUGUAAAAUAUUCUUCCUCAUGUGCAGGUUAGAUUUAUGUAGUAUGCCUUGCGUUUUGUGGCUCAAUCCCUUUCCUUGUAUAUUAUGACCAUGUGUUAAGUUGUAUGUGUGAAUAUGUAAAUAUUUUACUUGAAUAAUGUACAAAGAAACGUAGAUUUGGUGUUUUUGACUUA